GCUCUUUGCGGCAGGCUUGAGAUCCUGCUUGCUCUCGAACAAUUCGUCCAGCAAACGGACAGCGCCUGCCAAGAAAAGGAGUUCCUGGACUUUGAAGCGAUAUGAUGGUCAAAUAGCAAGAGCACCGACAACUUCACGAUCUCCGGUGCGCGUUUCAAGCCCACAAUAUAUUUCAAGACGAAACAAAAGUCUUCCCUGGAACAUGGAGCUUCUAAGCAAGACUUCUCGUUCGCCGCGGCUUUGUGAGUGCACUGAGCUUUGAGAUCACGCUGGAUGGCAAGGAGUGGCAUCAGGCUCCAUGAUAAGCUAAGUGCGGAAGUAGAAGAAAUAGGCAACAGCCUGGAUAAGCUUCGAAAAGAAGAGGAUCCUGAGGAACAGGAAUCACAAAUUUGUCAGCUGCUGCAGACUUUGGCCCUGGACAGAGAUCAUGAGCUACCUGCUUUGCAAAUUUUUCGAUCUGAAGUGUGGAUGAAGAUGGCUGACUUAUCGUGGGCAUACUAUGACAGAUUGCCAUCGGGAGAUCCCCCCCUUCUGCUGGUGAACGAAUUUAUGGCAGAGUCGAUUCGACUAGCAGAGUGUACUUACCUUCGACGUACCAUCGUCCCUCUACGUCUUUGGCACCAUGGUUAUCUGCUGUGGAAGAUGGGCUUCGACGUUGAAUCCGUCCGAAAGUACGAAGAGAUGAUCAGGUGUUGGCUGCGAGUGAAUUCAAACUUUGGCUACUUGAGCACAGGAAGGAUCACAAACUUAGAGUCCAUCAAGUACAACUUCGAUCAGGUCCAGAGUUCCCUAUGCGCUUUGAGCGAUUUCAAGCGGGCAUUGCUCUGGUUUGAGAGGGGUCAUGCAAGGGACAUGCUGUUCUUGGCCACGACCGAAGGUGACCACGAGAAGCUCGACGAGUUCGACAUGGACGACGAGAAAGCAUGGGGGCAAGUCGAAGUCAUUUCCAAAGACGUCGGAAUUGACACAGUCAUCUUGGUCAUAUCUCACAUCGGUGGAUUAUCUGUAAGCGACGGCAGGGUGAUAUCCUACGGAGUGGCUUCCUACCUGUUGCACAAUGGCGAGCUCGUCGGGCAUAACCGAGAAUGGGACUUCAAGGCUUGUUCACCGUCGGCGUUAUUGGAGCUCCUGCAAGCUAACAAUGCAGACAAGGCUCUCAGGGAUUACUACCAUAUUAUUGUCAAGCCUUUUGAGUCACAACUGGAAAGCAUUCAACCGAAGACACUGGUUAUAGUUCCAAAUGAGGAUGUUUCCUUUGUGCCAUUUGGUGCCAUGAUCGAUGAGGACGACAAAUACUUGAUCGAGAGGUAUGCUCUAGCGACUGUUUCCUCGUUAAGACUCUUGAAGCAUUGCGACAAGAGAAGACAGGUCCUGCAGCAGCAGCAGCAGCAACGGCAAUCUCGUUCGCUGAUCGUAGGGAACCCCACCAGAGAUCUAUACUAUGCCACCGAGGAGGCAGAGAUGGUGGGAUCCCUUCUAAAGAGUGCCAACGCGCACAGUGUCGUCAACUUGGUCCGAGAAGAUGAUGCAACAAAGGAAUUUGUGCUGCGGCAGCUUCCCGAGAGUGACUGGAUUCACAUCGCGAGCCACGGCACAGUUAGCACGGACUUUCCAGAUGGAGCUCUGAUUUUGGCAGUGCCAGAAGAGCAUCAAGACGACCUUGCAAAGUCAGCUCGCCUCGACAGAUCUGUGGAGUUUGAGGAGUGCCUCACGAGAGCUCUCACAACAGUGUCGAACUCGCACAGGCUUACAGGGGACGAAGUCGUAGAGCUUGCAGGUGAAAGUCCGUUCCGAGCAUCAGCGGCGGUUCUCAGUGCCUGCAGCUCAGGAGUUGGGAGAGUGUUUGCCGAAGGAAUCCUGGCGCUGCCAAGGUCGUUUCACAUAUCUGGAGUUCCGUCCGUGGUGAUAUCACUCUGGAACGUGAAAGACAAGUCCACUCAGGUGCUCAUGAAGAAGAUAUACUGGAAUCUGGUCCAAGGAAUGGAUAUUGCGAGUGCUCUCAGGGAGGCUGUCGUGGAGAUGAUCGAGGCCAACGAUGGUAGCCAGAAGCUUUACGACGUGAGCCACUGGGCAGCUUUCAUCGUCUCGGGGAGUCCCUUCACGACACUACCAGGAGUUACAAGGUCGCCAGCAGCGUGUUCCUGGAACACGUGAUUGGAGUGGCUCGAUACGGCAUUCUCUUCACCAUGGCUAUUGCACAUCGAUCAUGCAGUGAGUGGUAAUGCUCUCGAUCGAUCGGAGCAAGCUAGAACUGAGAGGGAAGUUAUAUCGUCCUCCGUCUCCCAUCAAGCUCAUCACGAUUGGAGUCUCCUUUUUGAAGCCAAGAGCGCAGGAGAUUCUUGGUAGUUAUGGAGUCGAAAAGUUGGCCAGAGCAAGCAUAAUAUCAAAUAAUUAGCAUGGGAGAUUACUUUUCCAUCA